UUUACCUUUCAUGUGUUUUAGACUUCCUGUUUUGAUUUAACACACGUGUUUUGGAAACUGUAAACAAACAAAAUAUGCCGAAAAAUAAAGGUGGCGGAGGAGGCAAGGGUGGCGGAAAAGGAGGAAAGGGAGCAGAAGGUGGUGGAGAUGAAGGGAAACAAGCAAAAGGAGGAAACGCUGUCAAAGUUAGACACAUUCUUUGUGAGAAACAGUCAAAAUGUUUAGAAGCUAUGGAAAAGUUAAAGGGAGGAAUGAAGUUUAAUGAAGUGGCAGCUACAUAUAGUGAAGACAAAGCCAGAUCUGGGGGUGAUUUAGGUUGGAUGAUUAGAGGAAGUAUGGUUGGUCCUUUUCAAGAUGCAGCAUUCGCUCUCCCAAUAAGCUCUCUAGGAAAUCCUAAUUACACAGACCCACCUGUCAAAACGAAAUUUGGAUAUCAUAUAAUAAUGGUGGAAGGCAAGAAAUGAUGAAAUGAUGAAUUAAGACAACAUUCAGCAUAAACUCACAAUUUAAUCUAUAAAUGUUAACAAAUCUGUACCUCAAAAUUUACACUGAGUAUAUCUGUAAUUUGGAUUAAAUAUGUUGAAAAAUGCCACUUAUUAGAAUGAUGUGCAAGUUAUAUCAUUUUCUUGUUAAGAAAAGUUAAGAUUACUUCACUAUUUUAUGUCUGUUAUUGAUGCAUAGAUCCUCCUCAGACUUACACAAUAAGCAUACAACACCAGCAACACAGAAAUCUUUAUUUAAGUGUAAGAAGUGUAGAAUAGAUUUUUUUCCAUCUUAUAAAAGUUGUAUUUACAUUUAAAAGAUCUUGGAUACAAAUUAUAGAUUAUGAUAUUGUAUUGUGCAAAAUCUUUAAAUUUAAAUGUAUGAUUUUGUCAUAUUGAUGUGUAUGGUUGUAUGUUCUUGAUUCCUAUGUUUUCUAUUUACUUAUUUUUGCUAUGUAUGCAUUUAUAUAACAGAAAAUAUUAAAUUUUAAAACUU